AAUCCACUUCAUAUAACAUAACAUCAAAAGGAGAAACCCUAGUCGUCAACCCCCAAUACAUAACAACGAUCUUCUGUUCCUCCAUUACCCCUUGCAGAGUCGGCCGCAGCAGCAGCCAUGGGCGCGUACACUUACGUUUCCGAGCUAUGGAAGAAGAAACAAUCAGAUGUGAUGCGGUUCCUGCUGCGGGUUCGCUGCUGGGAGUACCGUCAGCUUCCGGCGGUUGUACGCGUCACCCAUCCGACCCGCCCCGACAAGGCGCGUCGUCUCGGCUACAAGGCCAAACAGGGUUAUGUCGUCUACCGUGUUCGUGUUAGACGUGGUGGGAGGAAGAGGCCGGUCCCCAAGGGUAUUGUAUAUGGUAAACCCACAAACCAGGGUGUCACUCAGCUGAAGUUCCAACGCAGCAAGCGCUCUGUGGCAGAGGAGCGCGCCGGAAGGAAAUUAGGUGGCCUUAGAGUUCUAAAUUCUUACUGGAUCAAUGAGGAUUCAACUUACAAGUACUUUGAGGUUAUUUUGGUCGAUCCAGCCCAUACCACUAUCCGUAAUGAUCCUCGGGUUAACUGGAUUUGCAAUGCUGUUCACAAACACAGGGAGCUCCGGGGGCUGACCUCAGCCGGGAAAAAGUACAGGGGCCUGAGGGGAAGGGGCCAUUUGCACCACAAGGCGCGACCGUCGAGAAGGGCCACUUGGAAGAGGAACCAAACACUCUCGCUUCGCCGCUAUCGUUGAGGUAUUUUUAUUUAUUUAAUUCAGUCAGUCAGUCCGUCACUGUUGAUCACAUUAGUAAUCUUUUUUUGGCCUACUCCUUCUCCUACUCUGCCGUUAUGUUACGUUUUGAAUGUGUUUGGUCUUCUGGGUUUCUGACAUUUAUAUCCAGACAUCUAUAUAUUGCAAUGCCAAAUUCCUUGAAA